UUGUAUUACCACGUCCAAUCGAACAGCCCAGAGAAUUCCUCCACUCAGUGCAAUCCUAGGACAGACAGAGCAGACCACAUCAAGCAAGAAAGAGCUAAAUCCGUCGCUGGAAUCGUCCAGUAUUUCUUAUUCUGUAUUGAGAGACGAGGAUUACCAAUUUUGGGGAAGUUCUGAAUGGAUACGCACAUUGGCAGUAUAUUAUGAUGUGCCAAUUUCACUGCUAAAUUUUAAUGCAGUUUUACAAAAUGUCAGGGAAUUAAGUUUUGUGUGACAAUUGUUUUUAUUGGAAACAUGGACUAAUACGCAGAGAAGAGUGAUUUUUUUCAGUGUCUUGGAAUAAUGAUUUAUUCCGAGAUUGAACGUGUAUUGGGGAUUUAAACUAAAUUAACCAGUAUUUUUGUAGUAGUCUAUUUGUAUUUGUAGUUUUAAUCAAGUACCAAGUCAUGGAACUAUUAUUCGAAAUUAUGUUUGUCACUUUGAUUCAGGUUAAUGGCGAAGUAGUAAAGCCAAAGCCAUCCAAGCAUCCAGGCCUCCAGGUGUUAGGCACAGCCUCACACUAUUGGCCGCUGGAUAAGGUGGAUGGGAUCCAUGGAUUGUGGGACCAGAUUGGAAACAGACCAGGUCAUGUUAAUGGAAGUAAUAUAAACAUAGUUGAAGGGAUGGUCAACAAGGGGAUCUAUCUGAAUGGAGAUAAUGGAGGCACAUUUCUCCACUUUGGGAACUACCAGAACACCUGCAUUAGUGACCCCACUCUGUGUGGCCCUGAGGGGAUUACAUUUUCCUUCUUUUGGAAGAACCAGGAGGCAGAGUCCCGUUUUGCAAUAGUCUCUGGAGGGAAAGUCAUCUCCAAUGGCUUCUCUGUCUAUGCCAAUGCCUACAUUGGAUAUGUGGAGUUCUACACACGAGGAAACUUCAAGAGGUGGAGGGCUAACAUCAAUAUACUUGGGCCCUUCUGGACCCACAUUCUGUUCACUUGGACCCUGAAGGAUGGUCUCAACAUCUACAUCAAUGGGACAUUCAACACCAGUGACCCCACUGGCAAUGUGUCUAUGAACUAUGGAGACCCUUACCCUGACCUGGUCAUUGGGACAGGAAAUGACCAGUCCUAUGGACACCAUUUGACAGGAGCCUUUGAUGAGUUUAUCAUCUGGGAGAGGGCUCUGUCACCACAGGAGAUCCUUAUGUACUACAAGGCUGCCAUAGGUGAUGCUUGGACUUAUCCUACCACAGGAAGUGUUCCUAAAGAAGUCUACUCUACGACACAAACACCGGGAGUCACAGAUGUGUCCUAUUCUGUCAACACCAGGCUGAGUGAGGAGAUCCACAGCUCCCAGGACUCUCUGCCCAUGCAAGGCUUCCUGGAGUUUCUGCCAUUCAGCCUGCCCAAGAAGACCAUCCCCCAAGACACUGCCAACAACCUCACACAGGCCUUUCUGAAGAGUGUGGGGGAAGUGCUGUCUUCUGAAGUGGCUCGAGAGGAUGAGGAGUCCACCCCUGUGGUCAGUGGGCUGAUUGAGACAGUGGAUAAAGUGAUGGUCCAGAUGGUGUCCAGCCUGGAGUCCAGCCCCAGCCCUCACUCUCUCAUCUCACUGGGAGGAAAGUCCUUUGUAGCAGAUUACUCUCUAAUGAAGAUCCCACAGAACUACAAUCUUCCACUCUACCGCUUCCCCACACAAGGAAAGAACUACAUCUCAGUGCCUGGCGAGGCAUUCACCAUGCAGUCCCAAACCACCAUUGUGGGUGUGUUCUACCACAACAUGCACAACUACUACACAGGGAUCAGCCCCCUCAGGACCAGGAUCAACGAGGCAGCUGAUUUCAAAGACCAUAAGAUCCAGGUGGCCAGUUUCCUCAUCUCACUGAAGGUGGAGCCAUCGCCUGCCCUGUCCGUCAACCUGUCUGGGUCUCCGCUCAUCAAGAUUGUCCUCACACACAUCCUGAACAGGGAUCAGCAGUGUCAAGCCUUAAACCAGAGCAACAAAGUGUACCUCUACUGUGCCUUUCUCGACUACAGUUCAAAGGAGGGUGUUUGGUCCAAUGAGGGCUGUGUGCGGUCCGAAGGGAACAUGUCCUACUCGGUGUGUCUGUGUAAUCAUCUCACCAACUUCGCCAUCCUCAUGCAGGUGGUGCCCAUGGAGCUUUCCAAGACCCACCAGGUGGCGCUAUCAACCAUCAGUUACAUUGGCUGUGCCAUCUCCAUCUUUUGUCUGACCAUCACUCUGGUGACGUUUGCAAUCCUGUCGACUGUGAGCACUAUCUGUAACCAACGCUACCACAUCCAUGCCAACCUGUCCUUUGCCAUUCUGGUUGCCCAGAUCCUGCUGCUCAUCAGCUUCCGCUUUGAUCCGGGCACGCUGCCCUGUAAGGUGAUGGCUGUGCUGCUCCACUUCUUCUUCCUGAGUGUGUUUGCCUGGAUGCUGGUGGAGGGCCUGCACCUCUACAGCAUGGUCAUCAAGGUUUUCGGCUCCGAGGGCAGCAAGCAUUUCUACUACUACGGGAUUGGCUGGGGGUCUCCACUGGUGAUCUGUGUGGUUUCUAUGACAUCAGCCUUGGACAGCUACGGAGAGGUUGAGAACUGUUGGCUGUCUUUGAAGAUCGGCGCUGUUUGGGCCUUUGUGGCACCAGCACUGUUUGUCAUUGUGGUGAAUAUUGUGAUUCUUAUAUCUGUGACGAGGAUCAUCUCUCGUAUUAGUUCAGAGAAUUACAAGGUUCAUGGAGAUGCCAACGCAGUCAAGCUGACUGCAAAGGCAGUGGCUGUACUCCUUCCUAUUCUGGGCAUCUCCUGGAUCUUUGGGGUACUGGCCAUCAACGAUCACUCACUGAUGUUCCAGUACAUGUUUGCUGUGUUCAACUCAUUACAGGGAUUCUUUAUUUUCCUGUUCCACUGUCUUCUCAACUCUGAGGUCAGAGCUGCCUUCAAGCACAAAACCAAGGUGUGGUCGCUUACCAGCAGCUCCAUUCGCAAUAUCAAUGUGAAACCCUUCAACUCUGAUGUUAUUAAUGGAAACAGAGGAGGCGUGAGCCCCACAAAGAUGAACACAUGGGACAAAAGCACCUACUCAGCCAAUCGGAUCGACCUGUCCGCUGUGUAAAACUACAGGACUUCACUUCCAGUAAUGGCGGAAGUAGGAUGCCAUGCCAACCUUGGGUUCACUAGUUCACUAGAUUCAUUGACAAACACUUGCUUAAGUAUUGUGUUGUUGCCCACUGUUAUAUGUGAUGUAUGAUCCACUCUAAAGGAAAAGCCUUAGACAAGGGGGUGUGUUGUGGUGUAGCUACAUAGUCAGGAUGUCAUGUGUCUUCAUAUAGAGCUCUAUACACAAUGACUAACCAUUCUUACAGCUUCCACAGCCUCCCCCUCCCUUACUCCUCCACUGUGCAAUGCUUUGAUGUAAAGCUGUAACCCCAAAGGGACAUCAGCACACCCUGAAGACAAAACAGACUCGAGGGACUGUGCCUUUCAACUUCUCUAAUAAAAGACAGCUGGCCAGACGCAUAUGCACUCUUAGAAAAAAAGGGUUCUUCUGCUGUCACCAUAGGAGCACCCUGUUUGGUUCCUAUGUAAAACACUCUGUGGAAAGGGUUCUACAUGUAACCCAAAAGGGUUCUACCUGGUAACAAAAAGGGUUCUACAAAGGGUUCACCUAUGGGGAAAGCUGAAGAACCAUUUUAGGUUGUAGAUAGCACCUUUUCUUUCUAAGUGUAGGGAUGGGAAUUCUGAGGGGACUUUGUGAGAUUGUAAGAGCCCUUGGCCUUGAGAAUUUAAAACAUGGCAUUAACUGUUUCAGAUUGUUUGUGUCCAACAGUGUUAUUAUGUCUUGAAAUGUUUCUUCCCAAGUAUUUGUCAUGAAUAAUUAUCAAUUUGACCAGAGGCUAUCCGAUGUUUUGCAUUGGUAUAUUUUGUGAUAUGUAAACAUACUUUAGCUUUAACUUAGAGUUGUAUUGUUACUUUCAGAAUGAAUUAUGGUUUUGACAAGUCACACUGGAGGCUAUAACAGCCUGGUAAUGGGUUUGUGCAGGAUGGUUAUUCUACUACAGGGUCCUGGCUGGAUGGUACAUUAAGCAUUAUGUGUUGAACCAACCAAUGAAAGAAUAAAUAACAAUGUUCUUCUUUUCUGAAAUAUUUAAUGUCCAGAAAGUGCAAAACAUUGAAUCUGGCACCAAACAAACGUGCCUUAGCAGGCACGCACACACAUACGGACAUACAUACAUACAGGGAUGAAUACUUUCAUGUAAAAAGUGUAAUCAAAUUAACACCCCCACAGUUUAAAGUAUUUAUUUAUGGAUUUUGUCAUUUACAUUUUUUUUUUCUUUGCAAAGCAUCAGAGCACACAAGUCACAAUGUUUGAUACUCUGCCUCUCCUGAAGUUCUUUGUUGCUUCUUCUGACAAUGAUGAGUUGAGAUGAGUUGACAAUGCUAUUUCCGAAUGUACCUCAUGUCUCUCUGUAAGCUGCAUUAUUUCAUGCUUUUUUUUUUAUAAAAUAGAGAAUUAUUGCGUUAGACAUAGUUCUGUGAAUUUGUAUUUGUUUUCAUUUAUCUUUUUAAAUUACACAGAUCAUUUGAUUUUUUUUAUCAUGAUUUGUCUUUGAGGAUACAUAGUAAUAGCAUACGCCUGUAUUUCACAAACACGAGUCCAAAGUGUAUUCUUGUUCAGUUUCACUGAGAUUGGAGAUGUCUUGUUUAACAUAGUCCGCCAAACCCGUAUGCGGUAGCGUAACUACAGCCUCAAGCUCAUUACCAUAACGCAACGUUAGCGAUUUCUAAAAAUCGCAAAUGAAAUGAAAUAAAUAUGCCUGUUCUCAAGCUUAUCCUUUUCUUAACAAUCCUGUCGUCUCAGAUUUUCAAAAUAUGCUUUAGAACCAGAGAAAAUCACUAAUUUGUGUAAGAGUGGUGAUAGCUAGCUUAGCAUUAGCGUUAGCAUUUAGCACGCAACAUAUUCACAAAAACCAGCCAAGGAAUCAAAUAAAAUAAUUUACCUUUGAAGAACUUCAGAUGUUUCAAUGAGGAGACUCUCAGUUACAUAGCAGAUGUCCAGUUUUUCCUGAAAGAUUAUUGUGUAGGACACAUCGUUCCCUUUUGUUACUAUGCAUUUGGCUACCGAAACUAACCGAAAAUUCAGUCACCUACAUGUCGAACUUUUUCCGAAUUAACUCCAUAAUAUCGACUGAAACAUGGAAAACGUUGUUUGAAUCAAUCCUGAAGGUGGUUUGUCAUAUUUCUCUCCAUUGAAAGCACCGUCCUUGUAGCCUGGUUUGUUCUGAGAUUUGAAUAGAAAAAUACCGGGACCUGACUUUUGCGCACCAAUUGCCACACAGACACCAAGGGGGACACUUGGCAAUUGUAGUCUCUUAUGGUCAAUCUUCCAAUGAUAUGCCUACAAAUACGUCACAAUGCUGCAAAGACCUUGGGGAAACAAGAGAAAGAGUCCGUUCAUUCCUGUCGCAUUCACAGCCAUAUAAGGCGAUCAUGGAAAACGUAGCCUCAGAAAUCCUGUGCAUUUCCUGGUCGGUCAUACAUCUUGGUUUUGCCCGAAGCAUUUGUUCUAAGGGACUCACAGUGAAAAUCUUUGCAUUUCUGGAAACGUAAGACUGUCUUCUUUCCAAAACUAUCAAUUCCAAGCAUAUUCGAGCAUCUUUUCGUGACAAAAUAUUGCGCUUAAAACGGGCACGUCUUUUUAUCCAAAAAUGAAAUACUGCCCUAGAGUCUUAACAGGUUUUAAGUCUUCAUUGUUCUGACACUGUACCAACACUUAGUCUCCUACAAUAGGAUUUACUUUAUGAAAUCAUUUAAAAGCACUUCCUAGUCUUUCAGAACAGACCAUUCUAUCAUAUGGACUGCAUUUGUUCUAUAGUACUUCAUGUUCAAGGUUUCUCUCUUAUUUCUGUUGUGGAAUAAAAAUACAAACAAAAAAUGGAUUGAAUGUAAUUCCUCUGUCAACUGUCCUCAGUAGCUAAUGUAUGUAUGUAAAAAAUAAAUAAAAAGUACUGUUACACCUG